AUGCUAGGCCUUGCCGAAUUCCACAUCAGAGAAGACCCCUCGCUCGACCAACCCGAUCAGCUUACUCUUCGUCACUUUCGGAAGAUCUAUAAGGUUCCAACGAAUGAUGAUGAUGAUGAUGAAGUUGCUAAAUUCUUUGAUCAUGCAGACCUCAGAGUUUCGGAGGGCGAUCCUGCAGAUGUUCCCGGUCUCGCAAAUUUCAUACGACUGGUUUUCAACAACAAACCACCAAAAACAUGGGAUGAUCGUGAAAAUGCUAAAAGAUGGCUACUGCAGUUCCAGAACAAGGAAUACACUGGCGACAAAUUCGCUGUUGGACAAACCGUUGGUGGUCGGUGGGUCAUCACGUCUCAACUUACAGAAGUCAAGGGUUCGUGUAACCAGGGCAUUCUCUUCGUCCUCGAUAAACUGAAUGGCGAAAAAUGUAUUAUGAAGCUCCUAACCUCAGAAGCCCUAGAUCCCGGUCGUUCGAGUCGAGAGAUUGGCAUUCUACGCCGCCUAUCCCAUUAUAACAUAAUCUCUUUCUUCAACGCGCAUCUACCAUGCACAGUUACGGAGCGCCACGCUACGCCCUACCUAGUAACGGAAUACUGUGACAAGAAAACCUUAUUAGAUGUCAUCACGCGCUGCAACCAAAACGAAGAGCUCAUACCCGAAGAUUUUGUAUGGCAAGUCUUCGAAUCCCUCGUUUCCGCGGUGAAGUACCUCCACCAUGGACCUGACAACGCUCCACCUGGUACGUGGGAUGCCGUUUCUCACCGUGACAUAAUUGCAUCCAACAUACUUUGUACUCUCGCCAUACCGACCUUACCAUACGAGUUCGAGGGUUGUUCCAACCAGUCACCAUAUGACUACCCAGUACGCAUCAAACUCGCAGAUUUCGGCUGCUCCGUCACCGACAGCGAAAUGGCAGCACAACCCAAACCCUGGUGGAGUCUACCGGCUAUAUCUGGUGAUUAUGAGCCUCCAGAAGGCGCUCUACCAACCGAAGCGGCUGACAUGUAUCAGAUUGGAUUAGUCAUUUCGCUUAUGUAUUGUAUGACGAACCGUCCCUAUGAUGAUAUCUUCACUGCGGGCUUCUUGUAUCAAAAUAGUCAUCCAGGAUUUGCUGAAUACACAUCCGAGUUGCGUACAUAUCUUGAGAUGUGUCUCGAUUCUGAUGCUAGCCAGCGGCCUAAAUCAAAGUCCUUUCUUUCGAGGAUCCAGAGUGCAAGGAGGCUGCUGAGCAAGACCGGCAAGUUCGAUAACAAGGUAGAGCGUCGUUUUCCCACAACCGGGACAGGAAAGUAG